AAAACCAUAGAGACAGGCCCUGGGCGCCUGUCGCUUCCGGCUCUAGGUGCGGAACUGGCGCGCCCUCGUGCGUCCUGGAGGGUGAAGUGACGCCCUCCAGCGCGAAAGAUGGCGGCAACGACGGCGGUGGCGAUGUCGUCUUCCACCGUGGGCGCCACGUCGACGGCGGCCGCUCUGGGAGAGGUGGAAGAUGAAGGUCUCCUGGCGUCGCUGUUCCGGGAUCGCUUCCCCGAGGCCCAGUGGCGGGAGCGGCCCGACGUGGGCUGCUACCUCCGGGAGUUGAGCGGCUCCGGACUGGAGCGGCUGCGGCGCGAGCCCGAGCGCCUGGCCGAAGAGCGGGCGCAGCUGCUGCAGCAGACUCGCGACUUGGCCUUCGCCAACUACAAGACCUUCAUCCGCGGCGCCGAGUGCACCGAGCGCAUCCACCGCCUCUUCGGCGACGUGGAGGAGUCGCUCGGCCGCCUGCUGGACCGCCUGCCGGGCUUCCAGCAGACCUGCAGGAACUUUGUGAAGGAGGCUGAGGAGAUCAGUUCCAGCCGCAGGAUGAACACCCUGACGCUAAACCGGCACACAGAGAUCCUGGAAGUCCUGGAGAUUCCUCAGCUCAUGGAUACCUGCGUCCGGAACAGCUAUUACGAAGAGGCCCUGGAGCUUGCCGCCUACGUGCGCCGACUGGAGAGGAAAUAUUCCUCCAUCCCCGUCAUCCAGGGCAUCGUGAGUGAGGUGCGCCAGUCCAUGCAGCUGAUGCUGAGCCAGCUGAUCCAGCAGCUGCGGACCAGCAUCCAGCUGCCCGCCUGCCUCCGCGUCAUCGGCUACUUGCGGCGCAUGGACAUCUUCACUGAGGCCGAGCUAAGAGUGAAGUUUCUUCAGGCCCGAGAAGCCUGGCUCCGUUCCAUCCUGACUGCCAUCCCAAACGACGACCCCUAUUUCCAUAUCACCAAAACCAUCGAGGCCUGCCGUGUCCACCUGUUCGAUAUCAUCACCCAGUACCGGGCCAUCUUCUCUGAUGAGGACCCGCUGCUGCCCGCUGCGGCAGUCCAGCACACUGUGAAUGAGAGUGCCAUCUUCCACGGCUGGGUACUACAGAAAGUCUCACAGUUCCUGCAGGUGCUGGAGACUGACCUGGACCGGGGGGUAGGCGGCCGCCUCGACUCGCUCCUUGGCCAGUGCAUGUACUUCGGGCUGUCCUUCAGCCGGGUGGGGGCUGAUUUCCGGGGCCAGUUGGCUCCCGUGUUCCAGCGGGUGGCCCUCAGCACUUUCCAGAAAGCAGUUCAGGAAGCAGUGGAGAAGUUCCAAGAUGAAAUGGAUUCCUACACCCUCAUCCUGGCCCCAGCGCUCCUGGGCAGCAGCAGCCUGCCUGCAGCUGUGCCAGUCGCGCAGCCGGGCACGCUGCAGCCGCCGACGGUGCUCUUGGACUUCCCACCGCUCGCGUGCUUCCUCAACAACAUUCUGGUCGCCUUCAACGACCUGCGCCUCUGCUGCCCCGUGGCCCUGGCGCAGGAUGUGACGAGGGCCUUGGAGGACGCCCUUGUCAAGGUAACCAAGACGCUCCUGGCCUUCCAUCGUGCAGAGGAGGCUGCCUUCAGCAGCGGCGAGCAGGAGCUCUUUGGGCAGUUCUGCACCGUCUUCCUUGAAGACUUGGUUCCAUACUUAAAUCGCUGUCUUCAGCUCCUUUUUCCACCAGCGCAGAUUGCGCAGACCCUAGGCAUUCCACCCGCUCAGCUCUCCAAGUAUGGAGACUUUGGGCGCGUGGACGUCAGCGCCAUCCAGGAGCCUCUAGGCUUUAUCCUGCCUAAGAGGGAGCCGGUCUUCUCUCUGGAUGAGAAGGAGCCCUUGCCCGAGCAUCUGGCGCCUGCCCCUGAGCCGCCAGCCCAGGAGCCCAGGCUGGACCUGCGAGGUGAGCCGGUCACAUGGCAGGCGAGCGGGUGGACAGCCCGGAUCAUCCAGCACGAGAUGGAUCACCUGCAGGGCUGUUUGUUCAUCGACAAGAUGGACAGCACGACAUUUACAAAUGUCCACUGGAUGGAGGUCAACGAUUGAGGCUUCCCUGUGUCACGGGAACCUGAACACCAAGACAGAAGCAGCGGCUGCUCACGCGGUAUUGGCUGGACUCUGGCAGAAGGCAGUGGACGGUCAAAGUGUGCCAUGCUAAGGCGGGAGAUGAUAGAAA